AUGUUUGAGGCUUCUAUAGACCACAAUAAUGGCUCCAGUGAAGAGUGCAAGAUUUCAUAUUCGAGAUCUGAACCGGAAGUAAAACGAUGUCGUUCACUUCCGUGUAGAAUGACCCCUGAUUAUCUGAAACAUGAGCUGCAAAGGUAUUACCUGAACGCACCUAUUGUAAGUCGACAAGACAAUCCUCCGGUAUUUUCGAGUGAUGAAACUGCAGACGAUACAAAUGAGUUGCGCGGGUCACCGUACAAAUCUGGUGUAGGUGGUCAUGUGACAUCAGAAAGAAAUGGCGAGGAAAAUUCUAGUUCUGGCUCUGAUACGCCGGAAUCCUGUUAUAUUGAUGUGGAAGAUGACACAGCACCAAGUUCGCCGUUAAAUCUGUCCACAAAUGACAACGAAUGUCAUGACAGCAAGAAUGACAUUAUUGAUGACAUUUCUAACAGCUCGCCGAUAUCUCAAAAGAAAAUUACUGCAAUUUUUCCCAAAAGUGACGAAACUGUAUUCCAUACUGAACCGUGCAAGAAUAAAACAGAUUCACCUAUUGGCCAUAUCUCAGCCAAUGAAAUUUCACAAGAAAAGAAAACGAACUUUUCAAUAGACGCCAUUUUGAGACCCGAUUUUGGAGUCAUUCGUUCCGCCGUCCAGACAGAAGACCAUCCCCACCACCUGAACCUCCAAGCCGCCAGCCCUCACAACAACCCCCGCACAAAAUCUUCAGCAUUCACACCAGUCGACCUCAGCACGAGAUCAAGAUCCGACUCGUUGUCUUCGCCGUCUUGUUCAUCCUCUUCUCCGUCGCCACCAUUAUCAACAUCAUCGCCGUCUCCUCUACUGAAGUCGGAAUCAAAACACUCCGGUUUAUACAGCAAACAUUAUAUCGGACAAGAAAAUAUACUUCUGGCUUCGAAAUUAUUUCCCGAACCAACCAAACAUUUUCAUAACUUCCUUAACGCUCAUAUUCCCUUCAUCAAUCCGCUUCACGCAAAUGGAGUAAAAACUUUCCCCUUUAUAUAUUCAUCCCAAAAUGGGCUUUCUUCCAGACUGCCUUCGAUUCAUAAUUCCACCCCUACAGAAUAUAGAACAAAACCAGAACAUGAAAAACCCACCUCAAAAUUUCUAAGUAGAUCAUUUUAUCCAUUCGCCGGCGAGUCAAAUACAAUGUUAAAAAUGUCCGCACAGCAAGAAGGCCACAUUAAAACAGACAGUGGCCAGGCUUUUCACGUUUUGGGCCAAAACAAGCAUAGACAAAAUUCAAUAAACUCAUUGCCACCAUCAAAAACUGAGAAAAACCAAAAUACAAAUUCUCAGUCCAAACUGGCAAUGGGAGUAAAGUCGAGUAAAAUGACGUCGGCAAAUUGCAAAGUCGAAUUAAAACAAGAGAAGGCGGGCCAUGGCGACGACAAAGCAGGAGAUUCUGCGGGAAAUUCAUCCAAUGAUAAUGCACUGUGGCCUGCCUGGGUGUUCUGCACCCGGUAUUCAGACAGGCCUUCUUCGG